AUGCCCCUCUCCAACGCCCGCCUCCGCAUUGCCCGACCCACAAACAAUAUCCUCUCCCUAAUCCCAUUCUACGUCGACGGCCUCGGUUUCACCAUCCUAGGCUCCUUCACCAACCACUCCGGCUUCGACGGGCUAAUCCUGGGCAACUCCAACACAGCCUACGAAAUUGAGUUCACCACGCAGCACGGACACGAUGCGGGACGGGCUCCGACUCAGGAUAACUUGUUAGUGUUCUAUCUGCCCCAUGAGGAGGAGUACAAAGCCGCAGUGGAGAGGAUGAAGAAGUGUGGGUUCGAGCCGGUAGAGAGUCCGAAUCCGUAUUGGAACCGGAACGGGACGUCGUUCGAGGAUCCGGAUGGGUAUAGGGUUGUGCUGGCGAAUAUGAUGAAUCCGUUUUUGGGUGGAAGGUGA